AUGGGCGGUUCGAAGAAAGGUAGCAUGGGCGACGUGUCGGCGAAAAGCGCCUCCUCGGGGGUGAAAAUGAAGAAGGAGCUCUCCCUCAUGGACGGCGUGGCUAUUAUAGUGGGUGUUAUAAUCGGGGCUGGCAUUUUCGUGUCCCCUAAAGGUGUUCUACUCAACUCGGGCUCUGUGGGGGCUUCCGUUCUCAUAUGGAUCGCUUCCGGGGUUCUAUCCAUGAUUGGGGCUCUCUGCUACGCAGAACUCGGCACAAUGAUCCCCAAGUCUGGAGGAGACUACGCUUACAUAAGCGAAGCGUUCGGGCCUCUUCCAGCCUUCCUCUUUCUCUGGGUGGCCCUGUUCAUCCUGGUACCAACAGGGAACGCUAUAACGGCCAUAACCUUCGCGCAAAACAUUCUUUCGCCCAUAUGGGGUUCGAACUGCGAGGUACCGGUCGCGGCCGUUGUUUUGCUAGCGGCAGCAACCACCUGUCUGCUGACGAUAAUAAACUGCUACAACGUCAAGUUGGUGACGAGGGUGCAGGACUUCUUCGCCGUCACCAAAUUGUUCGCCGUGGUGAUCAUAGUCCUGGCGGGGGUUUACUAUUUGUGCGUCGGGCAUGUGGAGCAUUUCGUCAAGCCCAUGGAAGGGACCUACUGGAAACCCGGCAACAUCGCUUUGGCGUUCUAUUCCGGGUUGUUCUCCUAUUCCGGGUGGAAUUAUUUGAACUUUGUGACGGAGGAAUUGAAAGAUCCUUACAAGAACCUUCCCAAAGCCAUCUGUAUAUCGAUGCCGAUAGUGACGGUCGUGUAUGUCGUCACGAACAUCGCCUACUUCGUUGUGCUCAGCAAAAAUGAGAUCCUGGAGUCGCCAGCCGUAGCGGUCACUUUUGGAGACAAAGUCCUCGGUUCUUUCUCGUUCGUGAUGCCUUUCUUCGUUGCUUGCGCUACGUUUGGGUCUUUAAACGGUGCUAUAUUCGCCUCGUCUAGGCUGUUCUUUGUAGGGGCUAGAUCUGGACAUCUACCAAGGGCUAUAGCGUUGAUAGACGUCAAGAGGUUGACUCCAGUGCCGUCUUUAGUUUUCAUGUGCCUGAUCACGUUGGUGCUGAUAUGCGUGAAGGACAUCGACGUGCUGAUCAUACUGGUGUCCUUCGCCGAGGCCCUCUUCAUACUGAUCAGCAUUUGCGGGCUUCUUUACAUGCGGAAGACCAAGGCCCACUUGAAUCGCCCCAUAAAGGUGAACCUGGUGUUCCCCGUCAUAUUUCUGGUGAACUGCACAUUUCUCAUUUGUUGCUCCUGGGUGGACAAACCCGUGGUGAUAGCUUCAGGGGUGGGGCUCAUUUUACUCGGCAUUCCCGUGUACUUCGUGACCAUACACUGGAAGAACAAACCCGAUUGGAUGCUGAGGAGCUUCAACUCCUUCAACAACGGCUGUUCCAAACUUUUUAUGUGCGUGGUGGCGGAGGACGAAAGUUUUUACCAAUAA